UUCCUUAAGGAUAUAACGGCGUUACUAAAACUGCACAUAGUCCAUUUAUAAAAAAGAAAAUAUAACUGCGAAAUUUCCCUGUCAUAGAAACAGCUAUUCGUAUAAAAAUAAAGGUGGCGAUGCAGAUCAAAAGUUUCAGCGUUAUUUUGAUCGUGUUCAAAUUUUUCAUUAACUCUGAUGUAGGUUUCCUGCUACACGGCUCUGCUGGUCCUCUAACAGCCCGGCUGGGAGGAGCAGUACUACUGCCCUGCUUUGUGGACAGACCCCUGCCUUUGGAGGAGCUGGAGGUGGACUGGAGAAGGACUGAUUCAGACACCAUUGUGCACCUAUUCCAGGGGGGUCUGAGCAGACCUGAAUCACAGGGGGACGCCUACAGGGACAGAGCCCACUUCUUCUCUCAGGAAAUCCCCAAAGGCAACUUCUCUCUGCUGCUUGAGGAAGUGAGGACUGCAGAUGCAGGAGUGUACAAGUGUGUGGUUUAUACAGAGCAGGAGCACCAUGAAACACGGGUGGAAAUACAGGAAGCAGAGCGGCUGGUGGUGACAGGUGCAGAUGAGCCUGUCUAUGCACAUGCUGGAGAGGAUGUGACUCUCAGCUGCUCUUUGGACACUCAUGUUAAUGUGACAGAGCUUCAGGUGGAAUGGAGAAAGACAGACGAUGACGGUGACAUCUUGGUGCUUCUGUAUGAUUAUGGAGAGAACAGACCAGAGUCACAGGAUGAGAGAUACUCUGGAAGAGCUGAAUUCUUCACUGAGGAAAUUCCCAAAGGAAUCUUCUCAAUGAAACUGAGGAAAGUCAGGACUGAAGACAAAGGAGAGUUCAGGUGUGAAGUCCACUCAGAUACUGAUUCUGCCAAUACAACAGCCAGGAUAGCAGCACUGGGUUAUUCCUCCCUGCAUUGGCUGAUUCUGGGGCUCUGCAUCGCUGUCACACCUGCAGUCCUACUUACUGGUGCUUUAUCUGUCAGGCAUUUAAUAAGGGGAGGUAAGUGUAGCAUCUGCUCUGUCAUUUCUAGUAGUUUUGAUGACAUCAGUGGAUCCAUGUUUGCAGCUACUUAUCCUGUAGAGGGCAUCUCAGCAGACAUGGGGCAUCAGGCAGGACUGUAUCUACACAGGGUGCCUGUCCAUUGCAGGGCUUAA